AUGGACUCACAGAUAGAGCGUUUGGCCAACAGGGCCGAGCAAUUGUUGCACAAGAUGCGGAAUGAUCAGAGACUAUUGAUCGCCAUAGCCGGUAUUCCGGGCUCCGGAAAAACAACCCUCGCCGAAAUCCUCGCCAAACGCCUCAACUUCAACCACGCCCAACACAGCAGCGAGAUUACGUCCCCCCACUAUAAAAAGAUAGCCAUCACCCUCCCCAUGGACGGUUUCCACCUCACGCGCGCCCAGCUCUCCGCCAUGCCCGACCCGGAAAUGGCCCAUGCGCGACGAGGCGCCGAGUUCACUUUUGAUGGCAAGGGAUUCUACGAGCUGGUGAAGGAACUGCGGAGGCCGAUCACGAGCGAAAGCACGGCGACGGUGUGGGCGCCUAGUUUCGAUCAUGCGGUCAAGGAUCCCGUGGAGAUGGGGAUCGAAGUGCCGAGGGAAGCGAGGGUGAUUAUUUUUGAGGGGAAUUAUCUCCUACUAGAUCAAAAACCCUGGUCCGAUGCCGCCAAGAUGAUGGACCUCAAGUUCUUCGUCAGAGUGCCGUUUGAUGUUGCCACGGAAAGACUGGUGAAGAGACACUUGGCUGCUGGGCUUGCGGCGACAGAAGAGGAGGCCAUGAAAAGGGUGGUGGAAAACGAUUUGGUUAAUGGGAAGAUGAUUGAGGAUUUGUUGAAGGAGGAGGAGGUGGAUGAGUUUGUGGACAGCGGGGAGUCAAAGUCAGAGGGGGUGCACACUUAG